AUGCCAUUAGCUCUCCGAAGUUUGUUUGCUACAAUUUUGAUUCAUUGUAACCCAACGGAUAUUAGAAAACUUUCGGAUACUUAUUAUGAGGAUAUGUCUGAGGAUUUCAACAGGCUAUAUGGCAACUCACACAAUACUAUAUUACAGUCUACCCUAAAUAGUAUUAAUAAUUGUUUGCAAAGUAUGGGCAAGAGCAUAGCCCUAUAUGACAUUCCUCAACUAUAUCAAGAUUUGCUCGAAGUUGGUCCAUCAGAAAGUAGAGAAAUAAAUGAAGAAAUGUUUGUGCAGAUACCUACAGAAGAUUUUGAGGCACAAUCACAAUUAAAUCCAGAACAACAUCAUGCUUUUACAAAAAUAAUGCAAAUAAUCGAUGCUGGAAUAACUGGAAUAUUCUUUGUGGAUGGACCUGGGGGAACUGGGAAAACAUACCUAUACCGUGCAUUGCUUGCCAAUGUUAGGCAAAGAGGUAUGAUAGGUUUGGCAACAACAACCAGUGGCGUAGCAGCUUCAAUCUUACCAGGAGGACGUACAACACACUCGAGGUUUGAGAUCCCCCUUCAAACAAAUGAGUCAACUAUGACAAACAUGUCAAAGCAAAGUGGUGCUGCCAAAUUGAUUAGAAAAGAAAAAAUGAUUAUAUGGGAUGAAGCACCAAUAGCCAAACGACAAACAAUAGAAACAGUCGACAGGAGCUUCAGAGAUAUAAUGGACAUCGAUAAACCAUUUGGUGGAAAAGUCAUGGUUUUUGGAGGAGAUUUUCGGUAG